UGCAGGUUGCUCCAGCAGCUGCUCUCUCCCGUCUCCCUUACCUCCCCUGAGCUCUGCUGGAGUUACCACUAGCAAGCAGGGUUUAUCUGUUUGUCCAGUGGACUGCCUGACCUUGGAGCUGUACGUCUGGACCUGGAUUCCGCCUGAUGGCCGUUUCCGCCUCCUCAUUCCAGCGCAAGUUCCUCCUGGAACGCGUGACCGCUGACAGACCAGGGUCAAGUCCGUGUUUGAGCUCGUCCACGUCAGCAACCCCUCUCCGACGUGCAUCGCCAGUUGCGCAGGCUCCCGGAGCCUCCGCCAGCUCGGCUUCUUCCGCCGGCCCGCCUCUGGCCGCCAGCUCCGCGCAUCCGGCGUCCGUAUCCGCGGCGUCACCCCGGACAACCCUGCACUCGGGCCUCUCGAGCUCAUCCCAACAUCAUGUCAAUGGCUCUGCGGUUGCUUCCGCUUCGCGCUUCUCCGCCUCGUCCGCUUCCCCUUCUUCCGCCUGCGCCACAGAGCUUGCGGACACACUCUCCGCUGCAGCCACUGUACGCGCAGCCGCGGCGGAAGCCCUUGCGCUCGCGCGCGCAGCGGUAGCCGUUGCGAGGGAAGCCGCGGAGCUUUCUCUAUCGGAGGAGGCGAUGGGCCUUAGCGACGACGACGACGACGGGUUACCACUGGACAGCCCGCUAAGCGCGCCGUUGCUAGGAUGGGGGGAGCUAGAGGAGGAGGGAGCGGACGAGAUCAUGAGCAGCGAUCAGCUGCACCAUAUGUGGCUCCUAGCCGUCGAUAAAGUCUCGCAUUUCGGCUCCUAUCGCGGCUCGGACAGCGGCGUGGAAGACAGCCAAAGCGUAGACUUCCCCCUCCCUUCCGCCUCCGUCUCUAUCCAACCACCUUCCCCAGUCCAGCCGUCCCCAGUCGAGCCUCCCCCGUUCCAACCAUUCUCAGUCCAGCCGUUUGCCUAUCUCCCUCAGGACCAGGACCCGCCGCACCCGAGUAGCCCUAUCCAGACCGCCGUAGAUCGGGCCGAGCAGGGCAGUUUACCGGCGACGAGUCUCAGCGAGCAACCUCACGCCGUGAAACGCACCGCAAAGCCCAUUCGCUUGAAAAAAACGGCGCGACAAGCGGGAGAUGCAGCGGGUGCGGAGAAAGCGGAAGCGGGUAGAGUAGCUCAAGUGGUGGUUAGCGGGGAUGCGGGCGGGGAUGUGGCGCAUCCGGGGGAGAUCGUGAUGUGGGCGGAAGACGCCGCGUACCACGGGCUAGAGCGCGCGAUGGAGGACGGCGCUCGGGAUGCGGAGCGGAAGGCGGAGCGAGAGGGGGAAGCGGAGCGGAAGCCCAAGCGCGUGGUGGUGCGCUCGCAGAAGAAGGGCAAGCGCCUCGCGGACCGCGAAAAGGCGCUGUUGCAGCGCCAGGCCACCUCCGCCGCCGCCGCUGCCGCCGCGGCCACUGCCGCCGCCACCGCGGGGAGGAAGAAGCCGUCGGCGGAAGGGCCGGCGCUCGCGCUGGGGGAGGAGGAGUCGGAGGCGGAAGACGCGGCGGUUGCGGAAGGGUUUCGGCGCGCGGCGAACGAAUCGGUGUUCGCGAUGUUCGACACGGCGGGUGGUAACCCGAAGCUUUUAUCCGUUCAGGAGGAGAUUGACCUCUCCAAGGGGGUGCAGGCGCUGCUGAAACUCGAGCGCGUGCGGGAAGCGCUGGAGGAGAAGCUGCAGCGCGCGCCCACGCGCGCGGAGUGGGCGGAGGCGGCGGGGCUGGCGGCCGCGGAGGUGCAGGCGCGCGUGGCGUGGGGGAAGGAGUGCAAGCAGCGCAUGAUCGCGUCGAACAUGCGGCUGGUGAUAUCCGUGGCGAAGAAAUACACGACGCGGGGGUUGUCGCUGGAAGAGCUGAUCACUGAGGGGUGCAUGGGGCUCAUGAAGGGGGUGGAAAAGUUUGACCACAGCAAGGGCUUUAAGUUCAGCACGUACGCGCACUGGUGGAUCCGCCAGGCGAUCAGCCGCUCUGUUGCUGAGCAGAGCCGGAUUGUGCGACUGCCGGCUCACAUCUACGAGCUGGUGUCGCGCAUCAACCGCGCCAAGAGUAUGCUGACGGACGCGUUGGGGCGCGCGCCGGCAGACAGAGAGGUGGCGCAGCUGGUGGGGAUCACGCGGGGCAAGCUGCGCAGCAUCAUGCGCACCGUGCGCGCGCCCACCUCCAUGGACCGGCCUAUCGCUUCUGACGACGGCGACGAGACCCUAGGGGCGUUUGUGGCCGACACCACUCUCGAGAACCCCGAGGACAGCAUCAUGCAGCAGCUCAUGCGCAAGGACCUGGAGAACGCGCUCCACACGCUCACCCCGCGUGAGAGGGAGGUGAUGUGGCACCGGUACGGGCUGGACGACGGGCGCGUGAAGACGCUUGAGGAGCUCGGGUCGCUGUUCCGGGUGACCAGGGAGAGAGUGAGGCAGAUUGAAGGCAAGGCGCUGCUGAAAUUGAGGCAGCCGGGGCGCAGCAGCGCGCUCAAAAGUUACCUCGAUGGGCACGCGCUGUAGGCUGCAGUCGCGGCAUGCGCUGUAGUUGUGGUCGUGGUGUAGCGGCGGCAAGGUAUGGCAAGGCAAGGCAUGUCAUGGCUCGGCAUGUGGUUUCAUGAUGGGAGAUCUGCUCGUUUGUGCAUCUGGAUGCUUGCUUGGAGGUCCGGUGCCAGAACUAUGCUGAGUUCUGGUAACGCAGAUGGCCACACAGUAGCCAGUCCCCGUUUUAGAGCUGUGAGGGCCUAAAAGUUGAAGAUCUGGAUGAUCUCUUCUGUUGAUGGUUAUACUUAAGAGUUGAUUGAUCACUGCUGUUGCAAUCAACCCUUGUCUGUCUCAGCACACUUUGAAGGAGCUGUGCAGGUGCAAACCUGUACGCUCUCUCCCUAAUCUAGUGCACCUUCUGUGCUGAGUACAUUCUUGCUGCAUGCCUCUGCAUGCAAGCUUUACCUAGCACCAGUACCAUAUGCACCUAGACCA